AGAUAAUCAAGAAAACAAUUAUUUUUUGUUUAUAAUAUAGGCCAGUUACAGGACUAUCGUUUCAUAAAAAGAUAAAAUAAAAAAUAAUUAGACGACAAAACAACAAUUGAAAAUCAUGAGUGAUCAAGGAGGAAAGAAGGGGAAGGGACGCGGUAGGAAACGGGGUAAGGGGAGAGGAGGGCAGCAACAACGACAAAAUGAAAGUGUUCCUGGCAGGCAACAGCAACAGAGAGACGAACAACAAGGGGCUACAGCUUUGCCAGAGCAGAGACAACAACCACAACAGGGUCGGCAACAAUCACAGAAACAGCCACAAAGGAAACGGCAACCGAGCGAUGAACAACAAGGGGCUACGGCAUUGCCAGAACAGAGACAGCCACCUAAAGAAACACAGCAACAACCACAACAGGGUGGGCAACGAUCUCAAAAACAGCCGCAAAGGAAACAGCAACCGAGCGAUGAACAACAAGGGGCUACGGCAUUGCCAGAACAGAGACAACUGCCUAAAGAAACACAGCAACAACCACAGCAGGGUCGGCAACAAUCGAAAAAACAACCACAAAGGAAACAGCACCCGAGUGAUGAACAAGAAGAGGCUAUGGCACAGAGACAACCACCUAAGGAGACACAGCAACAACCACAGCAGGGUCAACAACAAUCACAAAAACAGCCGCAAAGGAAACAGCAACCUGGGGAUCGAACAGAUGGUGCAGGCCCUAGUAAGCCACAGGGGCAGCCUUCACCCGCAUCUCAAGGGGAUCCCAGACCUCAGGAUCCCUCUCAACCCAGAGCCCAGCCAUCAACACAACCACAACCAUCUACAGGGGCAACUAAACCUGCACCCCCUCAACAACCCCAAUCCCCCCGCGGGGCAGAGAAACCCGAUCCCUCUGGUCAAAGAGGAGGUACACCACAAUCGGAUAGAGCCGUACCGAAACCGCCUCGCCGUCCUGAUGGUGGAGGCAGAUCCGGCCGACCUAUCCAACUUCGAGCAAACUUUCUACCUGUGAAAAUACCCACCGGUGAUGUCCAUCAUUAUGACACAGAUAUCCGAGAGAAAGGAAAGAAAAGCGAAGAAGGGUAUACGAGGGCUGAAGCCCCAAAAAUUAUUCAAGAGGUUGUGAAAAUAUACGAGAAGGAAAAUCCAAGUGGUCCUAAAUUGGUGUAUGAUAAGAGCGGCAAGAACAUGUAUUGUCGCCGUCUUAUCCCUGGAAUAGGAAAAGACAGUCGAAGGUACAAUCUACAGUACACCACAGACAAUGGUAGAGAAAAAGAGUUCAUUGUCGAUGUUAAACAUGCUGCUGUUGUCAGUCUUUAUUACCUUAAUGAAGCCCUUGAAGGACGACAUACUGAAAUACCAUUUGAUAUCAUGCAAGCAAUCCAGACUGCUCUGCAACAAAUGCCAAAAAUGAAGACCAUCCAAGUCCGUAAUUCGUUCUUCGAUUAUCCGACCGGUCGCGAAAAGGACCUUGGCGGGGGUAUACAAGUGUGGAACGGGACGUUUGUUAGCAUUCGUCCGACACAAUGGAAGAUGAUGUUGAAUGUUGAUACUUGUGCUACGGGUUUCUACAAAGGACAGUCUGUGUUAGACUUUAUGUGUGAGUUUCUCAAUCAAAGAAAUUUGCCAAGACGUUUGGACGAGAGACAACGAAAAAAAUUUGCCAAAGAAAUAAAAGCAAUAAAAGUUGAAACAACACACAUAAAAAGAAAACAAAAAGCCAGCGGUCUGUCCUUCAAGUCGGCCAAAGAUGAAACAUUCGAUUGCGAAGGUCGAAAGGUUUCGGUGUUGAAUUACUUCAAAGAUAAGUACAACAUCACUUUGCAACAUCCAGAUCUGCCGUGUAUUAAGAUUGGCCAGAAGGGAAACCUCAUCCCGAUAGAGCUUUGUCGAGUUGUUGACGGGCAAAAGAAGCAGGGUAAAUUGACGGGAGCACAAACGCAACAGAUGAUUCGCCACACUGCCAUACCUGCACCAGAUCGCCUGCAGAAAAUUACCGAGUUGAUCAGAAAACUCCACUACGAAAGUGACCCAUAUAGCCGAGACUUUGGCAUCAGUAUUGGCAAUGAAAUGGUCACUAUACAGGGACGUGUUUUAGACCCACCACUUCUAAUGUAUGGUCCAGGCAACCGACCGGGAAAAGAGAUGCCUCGCGACGGAUCGUGGAAAAUCACAAAGAAAAUGCUUGACCCGAAAGAGUUGAAGGAGUGGGCCUUGAUUUCCUACAUUAACGACAGCCAGCCAAAGAGGGGAGGAGGAGGCGGUAGAUAUCGUGGCCCAGAAUACCUUGAUGAUCGUGGAGUUGACGAUCUCAUUCACUAUCUGGUAGACGUCGGUCGUGAAAAGGGGGUACGAGUUAACGAGAAUCCAUGCUAUGUUGGAAAGGAAACAGGUUUUCAUGGUACUGAUAAACUAUUCAGUAACCUCAAGGCUCGUUAUCCUAAUUUGCAGUUAAUCGUUGUUGUUUUGCCAGUGAAUGGCGACGAUUAUUACGAGGAAGUCAAGCACUGUGGCGAUGUCGUUUAUGGUAUCACCACGCAAUGCAUCAAGGUCGAGCAAGCUUCAAGCGAUUUCUCUGAUUGGAGGAAACGAGAGACACUUGUUAACUUGUGGCUCAAGAUAAAUGCCAAACUCGGUGGUACAACCUGUGCUCUUGACAAGACUGUGAAAUCUCCGAUUUUGCAACGCCCAGUUAUCAUAUUUGGUAUGGUAUAUAUAUUGAAACUGUUUUUACUUGGACAAGUAAAAUUAUCUGGCACUAAACUUAACAAACAACAACUAUUAAUGCAGUGCAUCCUGUAGCUACUUUGUUAUUUUACUUUGUCUAAUGCCAGACAAUUUUACUUUUGUAAAUUUUGUAAACCACACCUGGAGUAACUUCAAAUGAAAAUAUAUACAUCCAUUCAGUCCUCGCAAUUUUCAGUGGCAAAAACCAAUGGACCAUUUGCAUUAUAGACUAACUUUUGAUCUAGACAAAAAUUUCAUCACAGCAUGAAAGAGCAUCACAAAAUUAGUAAUAUUCCAAAGUUUCGUUGCGAAAUGUUGUAAAAUGCGGAUAAUAUAGCCUUGCGAAAUUUGCAAUUUUCAGUCAUUUUGUAUUACAAAGGGAAAUUGAUGCCCCAAUUACACCCGAUUGGGCUGUCAAGUUCCCGUGCGUAAUACAAAAUGACUGAAAAACGGCAAACUUCGCAUGGCUAUAUUAGGCCACAUAAAAUAAAUUCCUUGAUUCUCAUCACCGCCCGACUGUAUUUUAAGAGAUGCUUGAAAUUUUUUUAUAUUUUGUUAUACAAUAUAAAUGAACUGCCCGACAAAAUAUUUCAAGACAGUUAAGUUUUUUAUAUUAAAUAUAAACCUCUCGGCUCUUCGACAUUUUCAAAGUCUAGUGAUGAGAAUCAAGGAAUUUAUUUUAUGUGGCCUUAUCCGCAUUUUACAACAUUUCGCAACGAAACUUGGGAAUAUUACUAAUUUUGUGAUUCUCUUUCAAGCUGUGAUGAAAUUUUUGUCUCCAUUGCCACCAAUAUUCUCUGCUAAAUUCAAAUUAUUGACAGCAAUUUUUUUCCCAAUGGUUAUCUAUUUACUAUUUGCUGUAAAAGAAUCUAUCAAAGUCAUUAGGUUUCAAAUUAUCCCUUUUCAUUUUCAAAUAGUCAUUUUGGUACAAAAAAUUGCUGUCGACCCACUGCCGAACUGUAAAUAUAGAUAGUUUUUUGUCUUGGACAAUUUAUUUGAAAUUGCAAGGACUGACCCUAGAAAAUCUAAAAAAUUGUACCCUGUACCAAAGAUACCCAAUAGACCUUUCCCCUUUUAAGUGAAAUUUUGAUCUAGACAAAUCUGGACCAAAAUUACUUUGAUCAUCUGAUUAUCAAUUUCCCGUUUGUAAUACAAAAUGACUGAAAAACGGCAAACUUCACAAGGCUAUAUUAUCCGCAUUUUACAACAUUUUGCAACGAAACUUCGGAAUAUUACUAAUUUUGUGAUGCUCUUUCAAGCUGUGAUGAAAUUGUUGUCCAGACUUGUCUAGAUCAAAAUUUCACUUAAAAGGGGAAAGGUCUAUUAGAAUGCAAUGUCUUCUCUAGCUAUCCUUUAUUGUUUUACUCUAUCCAAUGGUUGAUUCCAGCUAUAGACUAAAUUUUGAUCUAGGCAAGAAGCUGCCUCGUCCCCAGGCGCUAAUAAAAAAAUUUCAUGGGAGUCACUAUAUGAAAGGUUUACAUGAAGUAGUGCAUCACGACGAACAAGCGCAGGGAGUUAUGGGCUUGAGGCAUCGAUGCACUACUUCAUGUAAACCUUCAUAUAGUGACUCACAUGAAAUUUUUUUAUUAGCGCCUGGGGACGAGGCAGGGCAAGAAGAACAAAAUCCUAGAUAGAGUAUAUUAAAAUUAGUAAAAUUGCAAAGUUUGGUUGCGAAAUGUUGUAAAAUGCGGAAAAUAUAGCCCUGCGAAAUUUGCAAAUUUUGUAUUAAUUUGUAUAACGCGCGGGAAAAUGCACCACUUUCGGCAAUAUCGCAGCCAGACUAUCUACUUCCGCUUCCCUGAGUCAGCCUUGCGAGGUUGCACUUUCGGCCCAAAUGUGGCGCAUUUUCCCACGCGUAAUACAAUUUAAUACAAAAUUUGCAAAUUUCGCAGGGCUAUAUUUUCCGCAUUUUACCGCAUUUCGCAACCAAACUUUGCAAUUUUACUAAUCUUAACAUGCUCUAUCCAGCUGUGGCGAUGGAUUUUAUUUUAAAAUUUAGUCUAUAGCUGGAAUUGCCUAUUCUAGACUCAUUCUACUCAUGAACCCAUUGAGCAACAACAGUUCUCCCCCCUUGACAAGUAAAAUUGUCCGGCAUUAGACCGAGUAAAAUUAUAUAAUAUAAAAGUAUAUGGUGCAUUAAUAGGAUGCAAUGUGACUUUAGUUAAUAGGUUAACACAUUUUAGGGUAUUAUAUUGAACUGUAAUAUCCUUUCAUUGUCAUAACUUGUUAAGGUGCUGAUGUCACCCAUCCUGCAGCUGGAGACAAAUCUAACCCAUCCAUUGCAGCCGUUGUAGCAAGCAAAGAUUCUUACCCCACCCUCUACAAUGCCGAAGUCCGUGUUCAAACACACCGUCAAGAAAUGAUUGCAGAUCUUAAAGAAAUGGUCAAAAUACUUCUGAAGAAAUUUCGAGCCUCGACAGGAGCGAUUCCUGGAAAGAUAAUUUUUUACCGAGAUGGCGUCAGCGAGGGUCAGUUCCGAGAUGUCCUCAUGAAUGAAUUGUCGGCGAUUCAAAGGGCAUGUCGUGAGCUAAAAGACGACUACACCCCUGCUAUAACUUUUAUCGUUGUCCAGAAGCGUCACCAUGCUAGAUUCUUUGCAGUCGACCCAAAAGAUCAGAGAGGCAAGAGCAGAAACAUACCAGCAGGUAAAGUGCUGUUUUGUUUGUUAAUUGUUUAUACGUAAUAAUUCAAAUCCGAACUUGAAAUCUAGUCCAGUCCAAAUUGGAAGACUUGAAAUGACAUCUCAUACUUACAUGUAAAGUGAGGUGAAUUAAUUUUGAUCCAGUACAAGGACUGAACUGAUUAACAGUCUUAGGACUGGAUCAAUAUACUUCAUCGGGUAUCCAGUAUAUUAUCAUGUCAGCAAAAUAAAGCAAUAUGAUUGGCUAGUGAGUACCCUGGGUGCCAGAGCCUCUUGUGAUAGAAGUGAGGACACGACGAGGAGGCUCUGGUCACACGAGCAUCCAGCCUCACUUUGGUGAGUUCAAUAUUUGAACUCUGUUUGUGAUUGGUCAAUAUUUAUGCGAGUCUUUUCAUUGGUUAACCGAUGAGCGUUGGUUAACCAAUGAAAAGACUCGCAUAAAUUUAGACCAAUUACAAACAGAGUUCAAAUAUUGAACUCAUGCACCAAAGUGAGGCUGGAUGCUCGUGUGACCAGAGCCUCCUCGUCGUGCCCAGGGCAGCUAGUUUAAUAAUUAUUCAUGAGAAUUAUUAAUGAGUUUGAGAUAAACUGUUAAAAAUCCAUGAGUCUGGCAUACAAUACAACACAACACAAUACAAUACACUUUAUUUAACGAGGGUAACACCAAUUACAAACGUAUUCUCCCUAGUGGCCGCAUAGGGCUUGAUACAGUAAAUAACCCUGAUAUUUCUGCGAAACACAUGUCUAACUGAAAAAUUUGUGAAGAUUCUUGCUGAAGAUUAUCGUGUUGUAAAAGAGCAAUUGGCACAACUAUGCAUGCAGCGGUCAAGUGACUCAAGUCCAGCGUUACUCAACUUUGAAAAUCACAUGGGCACGUUUAAAAUUGCGACACGGUAGAGACAACAGGUCAGGGGUGCACCCUCCCCCCUAGGCAAGUCCACCACCACCCUAAAAAAAACCCGGCUUGACGGGCUUGACCAUACAUUUUCUGCUCUUAAUUUAAUAGCUUAGUUUUGUUCUUAAUUUAAUUUAAUAUCACAUGGCAGGAAAUCCACAACAGCGCAAGCCAAACGAAUAGCUUCUUCGAAUAGCGAUCAGCAAAGCUUCUAUACUGUUAGCGCAUGUCGAUUUCUUGAAACGAUUUAAUUUAUUUGUGAGCUCGCGAGAAAAUGCUUUAGUGGUUAAAUAUGUCAACAUAUCGAGGUUGUUAUACUACCCAUAUUUUCAAAUAUACUGUAUUUUAACAAGCAAAUUCACUGUACCGUGCUACAGCAACUUUCCACUCAUGCACACGUGAUAAAAAGCCGAUAUAAACUUUAUAAACAAAAGAUACAGUUAUCGGUAUCGGUUCAACUAUAUAUCAGAUGUUAAGUCGGCAAUUUUAUAUUCAUCAUAUAGGCACAGUGGUUGAUACACAGAUCUGCCAUCCGUUUGAAUUCAAUUGGUACCUGUGCAGCCAUGCUGGUAUACAAGGCACGAGCAAGCCAGCCCUCUAUCAUGUAUUGUACGAUGACAGCAAUUUCAAGUCAGACGACUUACAGAUCCUAACCAAUCAGUUGUGUUACACCUAUGUGCGGUGUGCAAGGUCUGUAUCUAUCCCCGCCCCCGCCUACUACGCCCAUCAUGUCGCGUUCAGAGCCAGACACCAUUUGAAGAUUGAAAGUAGUACUGAAGGCAGUACGGUAUCUGAUGACUCCGGGCCCAAAGAGGUCACCCAGGAAAUGAGAAAUUUGGUCACAGUCCAUCCAAACGUGAACUGCACUAUGUACUUUGCUUGAAGGGAAAUGGCAAUGUAUUUUUUAUUUUCUCAUUUGAAAGAACUUUUAAGACUAUAUAUAAAACUCCUUUACCGUUUUUUCAUAUCUUGCUUACUUCUACAAAUAUUUUGAUCGAAGGAAUGAAAUGUCCACCAUCUUCAAUUUUUGUAGAUAUGCAUGUCCACGUCACAACAGGGGUCACGCAAUAUUUUUAUCUAGACAAACACUAAUCAUUUUGCACUCAAAACUAUACUCUGUCUGCCCGGUAAAACAUCUACCAAUCAAUAUUUAGUAAGCAACGAAUACUUUUAUAUGGUUAAUCCCUGUUGUGACGUCACCAAAACUACCGUUAAUGAGAUCAAGAAUUUAAUAUCCAAGAUGGCGGACAUAUUACUUCGGAUGAAAAAUCGGUAAAAGAAGUUAAUAUAUAGUUUCAUAGUUCAUUCAAAUGAGAAAAUAAACAUUUAUAUUGCCAUUUCCCUUUAAUUAAUCCUACACGGCUAAAAACGCACAGGUUGUUCCAAGUUGAUAUCGACAGGCGUGAACAAUGUUGUGCGGCCAACUAUGAACAAGUUGUCAACCAUGUUUUUCCAAGUUGUUACAGUGGAACAAUGCUGUAACAACAUGUUGACAAUACUGUUCAUAGUGGGCCGCACAACCUUGUUCACGCCUGUUGAUAUCAACCUGGAACAAGUUGUCAUUGAUUUUCUCAACUUUUACGCGUGUACUUUAGUAUUUACUCUGUAUAUGAACGCCAGACGAUUUUACUAGUCAGUGGUAGAGUAUGUCAGUAAGUGGGUUAAGCCGGUUUUUAACUAUAAUUCUAAUGUAUAAAUUUCAAAAUUUAGUAAUUUAGUAAAUGUUGAUUGGUUAUUAGCGGAGGUUAUGCAAGCCAUGUUUUUGUCAACACGGUAAUGGACCUUUCCCCUUAUAACUAAAAUUUCGAUCUAGACAAAAAUUUCAUCACAGCUUGAAAGAGCAUCACAAAAUUAGUAAUAUUCCAAAGUUUUGUUGCCGAAAAUCUUGUAAAAUGCGGAUAAUAUAGCCUUGCGAAGUUUGCCAUUUUUCAGUCAUUUGGUAUUGCAAACGGGAAAUUGACAUCCGAUUCGGGUGUUGGGGCUGCAAUUUCCCGUUUGUAAUGCAAAAUGACUGAAAAUUGCACAACGUCGCAAAGCUCUAUUUUCCUCAUUUUACAACAUUUCGUAACGAAACUUUGGAAUAUUACUAAUUUUGUGAUGCUCUUUCAAGCUGUGAUGAAGUAUUUGUCUAGACUUGCCUAGAUCAAAAUUUUGGUUAUAAGGGGAAAGGUCUAUUCAGACUCAUUUUGGCGGCAUUUUGCCUCAUAGCGCUCGUGUAAGGAAGCAAAAAACUUUAAAAAUCUUAUGUUUUGUCAGAUGUGUUGAAGAUUACCUCAAACUGAUACAAACACAGUUUUUAAUCCAGCCCCCCUCGGCAAUCUGACGUUCGUGUUGACAAAAACCUCGCUUGCUUUAGACCCCGUUUACACGAUACUGGACAAAUUUGGGACCGGUCUGAAAUUCUUCCUUUUUCGCCUGUUUACACGCGCAUUCGUCCUGUUAGGGGGUCUCAAAUUCGUCCGGUUCCGUGGUUCUCGUGUGUUUACACGGCCGAAACGGCCGAAUUUCAGACCGGUCCCAAAUUCGUCCGGGUACCGUGUAAACGGGGUCUUAAGCUCCGCUAAUAACGCGAACACACCAGGGACCGGUUCAAAGCUGGGUUGACGCUAACCCUCGGAGUUAAAAUUUAAUCUGCUGUUUUAGUUUAUGUUUCUGCAAGUCUGUUUAUUUCUCAACUUCAGGGAAGAAAACUCCUACUGAUUCAGACAAGAUCUCUGAAGAAAUAUUUCGAAAUUUAUAAGCAAGCUCUUGGGAAGUUUGCUUUAAAUUUUAAGUUAACCUUGGGUUAAGCUAACCCAGCUUUGAACAACCGACCCCCGGAGGCUUCGGUGGCGCAAUCGUCAGGGCAAGCGGUCUGCCGAAGUCGUGGGUUUUCUUCGGGCGCUCCGGUUUCCUCCCACAGGGAAAGUUGACAGGGUUGGUUAGGUUAAACACAGUUAAGAAAAAAUAAGAAAGUAAUCAAGUAAGUAACAUGGGAAAGCGUAAUACUUGAUGUAAUCUGUCACUGAAAAGCCCCGAUGGGGAGUGAGCUCCGGGACGUAGCAACCGGGGGGUGGUUUGGGUGUGUACCCCUCCCCAACUGUGAAACUCAGGUAAAAAUCACGUAAAAUUCAAGUUGAAAUUUUGGCAUUUUCAGGUAAAAUUUGCCUAAUAAAGUCGUUAUUUUUGUGAAAUGAUACCAUUUAUGUAAAAUACAGUCAAUUUAGAUCCAAUAGACAUUAACUUGCAUGUUAGACCAAUUUUUGAUCCAGGCAAAAAAAAAGUAAAUUCCCGUAAAGAACUUAUUAAAAUUAGUAAAAUUGCAAAAUUUGGUUACGAAAUGUUGUAAAAUGGAAAAUAUAGCCUUGCGAAGUUUGCAUAUUUUGUAUAUGCUUGUAUUACGUGCGGAAAUUGUUAGCAUUUUUUGAGCCAAAAAUGGUGACAAUUUCCGCACGUAAUACAAACAUAUACAAAAUUUGCAAACAGGGCCGCCCAGAGGGGGGGGGGGCAAAGGGGGCAAAUUGCCCCGGGCCCCGAGUUGCUGGGGGCCCCUGAAAAAUUUUUGUUGGGCCCCAGCCUUUUUUGUGUGUUAAAUAUUUCCGCGCGAAGGACAAGAUAUCUGUUUUCUUGGGCUAAGUACCGAAUUUUGGCAUAAAAAAAUGAGAUAAAGUCCCUCGAAAGCAAUUGCAACGUACUCGUCCGGAAAAAUUUUGUACUCCGGAAAAAAAUUUUUACCCCUAAAAUGGUACACUGACCGAAAAUUUUUUGGCGACGGGGGGGAGGUUGUUCUCCGGAAAAAAAUUUUUCCGGGAAAAUUUUUUUAGAUAGGGGCCCCUAAAAAAAAAUUUGCCCCGGGCCCCCGCCAACCUCUGGGCGGCCCUGUUUGCAAACUUUACAAGACUAUAUUUUCCAAGCUUUACAACAUUUCACAACCAAAUUUUGCAAUUUUACCAAUUUCAUUGUUCUUUUUAGCUGUGAUUCCUUUCUCUUUACUUAGAUUAAAAUUUAUUCUAGCAUGCAAGUUGUCCACUCGUUUGCGAAUUUGCUUUAGAAAACGCCAGAAAUGCAGUCCUUCAAAAAUAUAAUGGGGAGGACCCCAGACCCCCUUUUAUUCGGAAACUUGGUAUGACAGUGGAAUCAAUCAGAAAAAGCUCUAUUAUAAUUAUUACACUUCAGGUAAAUUUUAAACAUUGAAGUUCAAAUUUCAGGUAAAAUCCUCCGACACCCCCUAACUUCAGAUGCUUCGCUGCGUCCCUGAGUGAGCUGAAUAAUGUGAUGUGUAAUGUAUCACCAAUACAUUUUCGGUGGGAUAUACGCUUGAAGGAAAACAGGCUUCAAAUCUUAAAUCUUAAUAUAAUUGCAAAUAUAUACACUCGUGUAAAAUGACUUAAAAGACCAAGGGAUAUUCUUAAUUUUGCUGGACCUGUAACCACUAUAUGUUUAUGAAAACAAAUUUAUUCAACUAAAUUUCCACCUAAUUAAAAGUAAUAUACCACAUUAUUCACGGCCAGUUACAUUCCGCCGUAACUGUUGCAAUUUGUAAUCGUUGAGCGUUUUAUAUUUACAUGUGUUGUACAAUACCCACCCCGUAUGUUCAUACGGAACUGUACAUUGAUUCCUCACACCCGCAGGGAUUGUGCAGCUUCGUCCUAUUCCCAAGAAAUAGGCAACAGGAGAUUUGUCAAGAUUUGUUGGCACCACUGAGGUUGGCACUCAUUCCUGCUUUAGAAAGUUAAUUAUAGGCACCGGUCAAUGUCCGGUUCUUUAAUGUGUCUUGCAUCAUGGUGACCGCGGUUUUCUUUACAAGGGCACAGCUUGACUCUCAUUUAAAAUCAAUCAAUUCAUUGAUUGUCUUCAAAAGCAAAUUGAAAAAAUCUCUAUUUGUAACAGAUAGCUGUUUAUGGAAUUAUAGGUAUUAGUUAUUUUGUACUUUUGUCGUUUAUUAUUUUUCUUCUAAACAUUUGACUGUAAAUAAUUUAGUUAAUCAAUUCUUUAUCAACUAGGGGUCUUAAUUUUAAUUCAAAAGCCUGUCCAGGUUUCUAGUACACCUCUAGGCCUUACAAUUAAUUAUUUUACAUAAUUACUAUUCUUGUAAAUACUACUGGGCGAAAUCAUUUAAUAAAUAAACAAGACGCCGACUCGGCGUUAACCUCGGGUCGGUGGAUAGGGGAUCGUCUGGUAAAUAUCCAAAAAUUGUGUAAAUCACGAUAGUUUAAUAGUUCAC